CGCCAAAUUGACCUCAACGCUCGUCAGGCCUUCGUCGGAGAUGAUCACCGAUAUGCCUAAACUGAGAUAACCCAUCCAGGGCUUCUCCACACUUGGCGUCACUGGUUGCUGUUCAUGUUGAAUAGCAAGAUGCUGAAACCUGCAGGGAAAAGUAUAUAAGUGACGAUCAGGCCCCUCGAGAAUGUACCAUCGCAUCGCAUCUCACCCACUCUAAACCAAGGCCAUCUAUCAGGGAGACACCAAAAUGGUCUCUUUCUCCUCUCUUUUCCUAAUCUGCUCUAUGGCAGUGAGAGCCUUGGCAACUCCGAUUGAGCCACUUGAAGAACGGCCGGGCGAGUUCAACGAAACCUCCCUCCACGAGCUGGUCGGCCGCUCCACCCCCAGCGGCACGGGCUACAACAACGGCUACUACUACUCCUUCUGGACCGAUGGCGGUGGCGACGUAACCUACACAAACGGUAACGGCGGCUCCUACAGCGUGCGAUGGUCGAACGUCGGCAACUUCGUUGGCGGCAAGGGAUGGAACCCUGGAAGCUCUCGAGCGAUAACCUACUCCGGCAGCUUCAACCCCAGCGGAAACGGCUACCUCGCCGUCUACGGCUGGACUACGGACCCCCUGAUCGAAUACUACAUCGUCGAGUCCUAUGGUACGUACAACCCCGGCAGCGGCGCCACCUACAAGGGCCAAGUGACCUCCGACGGAGGAACAUAUAAUAUUUACACCUCUGUCCGGUACAAUGCGCCCUCUAUUAUUGGGACGGCGACGUUCACGCAGUUUUGGUCUGUGAGGACCUCGAAGCGAGUCGGUGGGACCGUUACUACGGGGAACCAUUUUAAUGCAUGGAAGCAAUAUGGAUUGACACUGGGGAAGCAUAAUUAUCAGAUUGUGGCGACGGAGGGAUAUCAGAGUAGUGGGUCUUCGUCGAUUACUGUUUCCUAAGGGUUAGUUGGUUCGUUGUGUGGGACAUGAUGUGUGGGUUGUGAGACUUGGUGAAGAUGGGUACGCUACUCGGGCGAUAGGUGAUGGGCUUAGGCUUGCGGGAUAGCGAUUGGGGU